AUGAAUAUAGUGUCAUACAACGUUAGAGGUUGCUGUAGUUCAUUGAAGAGACGGAGAAUCUCUCAAACUCUACAGAGAGGCAAUGCUGAUAUCUGUCUUAUUCAGGAAUCUAAAGUAACGAAUAUGGAGAACGGUUUAGCUUGUAGUAUUUGGAAGGACUCAGAUGUGGAAUGGUCAGCCCUUAACUCUAAUGGCAGAUCUGGAGGAAUCAUUACUCUGUGGAAUAAAACGGAAGUUUCAUCCUUAUUUAGCUUCUGCGGUGCCGGUUUUUUGGGCAUCCAAUUCCUGUGGAAGAAUCAAAACCUUAUUGUGGUUAACGUUUAUGCUCCGUGCAGUUCCGUGGACAGAAGGAAGUUAUGGAGGGAUCUUAUUAAAAUUAAAAGUAAUUUACCAGGAGCUGGUUGGAUCGUGGCGGGUGAUUUCAACGAGAUUAUGAAUGAGGAGGAAAGAAAAGGUAGUAGCGUUAACAGUUUGAAGGACAUGGAGGUUUUUAGAGAGUUUAUUGCCGAGAUGAAUUUAACGGAUCUGCCGGCGGUUGGGAAUAAGUUUACUUGGUUCAACUCCAGCGGAAACUGCAGAAGUAGAUUGGACAGGUUCUUGGUGGAUGAUACUGCAAUAUCAAUGCUCUCUCUAUUAAAUCAAUUGGUGGGAGAUAGAGAUGUCUCAGACCACAAGCCAGUGUGGUUGAAGUCGAAUUUUGUGAACUGGGGGCCAAAACCUUUCAGGUCCUUCAAUUGUUGGCUGUCUCAUAAGGAUUUUAUCCCUUUCGUUAAGAAGUCGUGGUGUUCGUACCAUGUCUCUGGUUCUCACUGUAACAUUCUGAUAAAGAAAUUCUCAACCUUAAAAAGCGACAUCCGGAACUGGAACCGUAAUGUCUUUGGAUGGCUGGAUUUAAAGAUAGAAGAGAAUGUUUCUAACCUUAAUUCGUUAGAGAUGAACAUUGACUUGAUUUCUUCCUCCAACUUAGCAGAGUUGAACAAGGAUAGGCUGAGAGCUCAGGAGGAGAUGUGGAAGAACCUCAGAAUUAAAGAAAGCAUGCUGGCUCAAAAAUCCCGUUUAAAGUGGCUGCAAGAUGGGGAUCAUAAUUCCAAGUUUUUCCAUGAUUCUUUAAGAGCUAGAUAUCGGUCAAACUGCAUUUCUGCUAUUAGAAUGGGAGUAGGUUUAGUGGAAGAACCUGAUGCUAUUAAAAGUGAAGCAGUAAAGUAUUUUAAGGAGAGAUUCAAGUCUAAUUCAUCGCCAAAGUUCACAUUCGAUUUCGAUCAUAUUGUUUGUUUAGCUGAGGAAGACAGGAACUGCCUGGAAGCUGACUUCAGUCAUGCAGAAGUCAGAUCUGCUGUUUUCAGUUGUGACGGAAACAAAUGCCCCGGUACCGAUGGCUUUAACUUCUCUUUUAUUAAAUCUUGCUGGGAGAUUCUGGGCGAAGAUUUCUCGAAUUGCAUCUUGGAGUUCUUCAACACUGGUUACCUUCUGAAAUCCUUCGCUUCUUCUUUCAUCUCACUUGUUCCGAAAACUAAAAAUCCACAACAUUUCGAAGAUUUUAGACCUAUUACUCUUGUUAGUUGUGUGCUGAAGGUUAUCUCAAAGAUGCUCGCGUCCAGGCUUAGGAAGGUUAUUCACAAAAUUAUUUCCCCUUCUCAAACUGCGUUCAUCCCGGAACGACAGAUAUAUGACGGUGUUCUGUUAGCUAACGAGGUGGCUGAUUUUGCAAAGAGAUCCAAGAUGGGUUGUUUUUUCUUCAAAGUAGAUUUCGCGAAAGCUUAUGACUGUGUGGAUUGGUUCUAUUUAGAUGCUCUUCUUGUUAAGAUGGGGUUUGGAACAAAGUGGAUGAAAUGGAUACGUGGCUCAGUUUUCAAUAGCUUUGUCUCCAUUCUCAUCAAUGGCAGUCCGUCGAAGGAUUUUAGGACUGGCAGGGGUCUGAAGCAGGGCGACCCUCUCGCUCCUUUCCUGUUCGCAAUAGUUGCUGAAGGUCUGUCAAGUUUGGUGAAAUCAGCGGUUGAUAGUAAUAUGCUAUCCCAAUUCUUGAUUCAUGGUCAACCAACGACGAGUAUUCUCCAAUUUGCUGAUGAUACUCUUCUCAUUGGAGACGGGUCGGCGGCAAAUAUUUGGGCCUUCAAGGCUGUUCUUAGGGCUUUCGAGAUAAUAUCUGGCCUCAAAAUUAAUUAUUCCAAAAGUUGUUUGUACGGGAUUCAUACUGAUCUUGAAUUAUUAGUGGCUGCCGAAGAUUUUCUUCAUUGUAAAUCGGGAAAGUUACCUUUUAGCUUCCUUGGUAUCACUGUUGGAGGUAACCAUCGUAGAUAUUCUUUUUGGAAGCCGGUUCUGCUAAAUUUGAAGAAUAAAUUAUCCACCUGGAAUGGGAGAAACUUAUCAAUGGGGGGUCGUGUAACCCUCAUUAAUUCGAUUCUUGCAAAUCUACCUAUACACUAUCUGGCUUUUUUCAAGGCUCCUAUUAAGGUUGUGAAGGAUAUCAUAGCGAUCCAACGACGGUUCUUAUGGGCUGGAAACUCGAGCAAAUCUUCUAUUCCUUGGGUCUCUUGGAAUACUGUUUGUAAAUCUAAGGAAGAUGGCGGUCUGGGUAUUAAGCAUGUGGGUCGGUUCAACUGCGCUUUGUUGGCAAAGUGGCUUUGGAGGUUUCAAACUGGUGACAAUGAAAUUUGGAGGAACACCCUCACUUUCAGGUACUGUAACCUUAGCAUUAAGACGCAAACUUAUUCCGUUGUUGUGAGUUCAAAGUCUGAUUCGUUGUGGAUGAAGGAUAUUAUGAACAAUGCGUCUCUAAAUCCUAAUGCCAAUUUCUGCAAGUACACGACAUGCUCCGUUGGUGAAGGUUCCGAAGCGGCGUUUUGGCUGUCUGUUUGGAUCGGUGAAGUGCCAUUACAAGUCAGAUUUAAUGAUUUGUACCAGAGUUGCUCUCUAAAGUUAGGGUCAGUCCGUGAUAUGGGAUACUGGGAGGAUGGGCAGUGGAAUUGGAAUUUGAGAAACUCGUUGUUGGAUUCAGAUAACCCUCCUGAACCAGAUUGGUCUGACUGCUGUAAGUUGCUGGAAAAUACCUCAGUUAUCCCGGGUACAACCGACAAAUGGCGGUGGAGUCUCCAUGAAUCUCAAUCUUUCAAGGUUAGUUCCUUUUAUUCUGUCCUAUAUCCCUCCUUAUCUGACCAAGACGUUGGCUCAGAUUGUGCUUCCCUUAUUGAGUCCAUUUGGAAGACGGAUAUUCCGGCAAAAGUGAAAACGUUCAGCUGGAGGUUGGCGCUUGAUAGAUUGCCUACGAGAUCUAAUUUAUUGAAGAGAAGAGUGCUUGAAUCCAAUCAAGAUUUGGAUUGUGUUUUUUGUUCUAGUAGCAUGGAGGAUGUAUCCCAUCUUUUCUUCUCUUGUUAUAAAUCUAAUCAGGUUUGGAUCAAGAUCUGUGAAUGGGCGGACAUAGAUAUAAUCUCGGAAAUUUUCUGUUUUUCUCACGCUAAGGUGUGGAACUCGAGCCUUAGAGGUAGGUGUCAAGUGAAUAGAGUUAAUUCGCUUUGGUUUAUUACUUGCUGGACUAUUUGGAGAUCUAGAAAUAAUUGUUUCUUCAAUAAUGUAGUUACUGAGGUCGACAGUAUUGUUUUCGACAUUAAGCUUAACUCUUGGAAAUGGUUGAUUCUAGGUAGGAAGGGGAGUAAACCGUGUUGUCUGUACGAUUGGUUCAAAUUCCCCUUUGACUUUUUGUAA